AUGAGAGAUCGGCCCGUCAUCAGCAUCGAAAAUCACACUAUAUACUGCAGCGAUGCUGAUGAGAACAAUGUAGGUGGCUGCGCGAUAGCUGUGAGGAACGAUUACAUGAACCUGGUGGAGGAAUUUGGCUCAACAUCGUUUAGAUGCGCCUUUCUACGACUGCGGGAUCGCAGAGGACGUAAACUCUGGAUCGUAAGUGCUCACGCACUUACGGAAGCCGCUGAGGACAACACAGGUGGUCAUUGUCAGAAUCGACGCGAAUGCGAAGAUGGGACUCGAACAGCAAUCCGUAUACUAGGAAAAUGGUAUUAUACAGCGGAGCGCACGUCGGACAACGGUGACAGUCUGGUCGACUUGUGCGAACAGACAGGCCUCAUCAUCGCUUCUACGUUUAAGAGGAAUCAUCGACGCCAUCAGCUCACGUGGCAGCGGUCAACCCUUUUAACGCCUGAAGAGCAGCGCAAGCGCAUGGGGACUCUUAAGCUUCAGCUCGACUGCGUUCUGGCGAGGAACAUCCCUCAGUCAGAUAUCCGAAAAUCUCGAGCUGUUUGGGACGUCGCGUUCGACUCUGACCACCGUCCAGUUCUUCUCAGCUUCAAGAUACGGUUCCACAAGAGAAACCGAGGAGUUCCUCUUCAACCUAAAAUCGACAUGGCAGGUCUGAAAGACGAUGAAUGCAGAACAAAAUUCCGCCAACGCGUGUCUAUUCAUGUUGGAGUACGGACCAGAAAGAAGCUUAGCGAUGCGGAUUCCUUCACAAAAUGCUUCCAGGACGCUGCAAGGGAAACGCUCCCGAUUCUAUUGCCGCGGAAGAAGUUUGCCUUUGUAUCUGCGGAAACAAAAUCCACGUACAAUUCUGUGUGUGUCGCGCGCAGCGCUCGUGACUUCAACCAGGAAAAGCGUCUUAAAAGGAAGCUGCGUCGUCAAUUGCAACAAGACCGCGAUAACGAGUGGCGUCAAGAGCGAUGGAGUUUGAGAAGGCUCCUCAACACCGCCAAUGGAGUAGCUGUUGGUGAAGCAACCCUUCCAAUUUGGAGAGAACACUUCAAGACCUUGCUGAACCGGCUAGCAUCGUCAGUUCCUGAACUCGAGCACGUUCAUAGACCGACAUAUGCGAUUAACGAGGAGCCACCGACUGACGGUAUUCGAAACCAAUGCGACUCUCCUCACCGAGGCCGUCUUCUCAACGCGCUCCGUGCCAAUGGAGUACCAGGAAAGUUCGUUCGCUUGCUUGAUGACAUGAAUCAACGAACAACUGCUGUAGUUCGAACACCAGCCCGAUGCACAACACCGUUUGAAGUGGUAACUGGAGUAAGACAAGGGGCAGUGGCAGGACCCUUCCGGUUCAAUUUCGCCAUCGACGACAUUAUGCGAAGAACAGUCGACCAGUGUCCUGCCGACAUUCUCUUAGCACCAUCAGGGUGCCCCUUGGCUGACCUCGAGUACGCCGACGAUGUUGUUAUUUUCGCGGAAAGCAGUACGAAACUUCAACAUGUUGUCAACCUUGUAUCGAGGCUGGCUGCAGCCUAUGGACCACGCCUACGCCCCGAUAAAUGCAAGUAG